AUGAUGGGCACCGUGGAGAAGAAGCAAACAAAAGCUAAAGUUCCAGCAUUGAUAGAUUUGGUAUUUUCUUGGUCAAUACCUGCUGUGAUGAACAAGGAUCUUUACAAGAAUAAGGUUGAUCAAAUUCCGGAGACAUUCUCAUCAGCAGAACAUUAUUUCCGGUCAUUCAUCAAUCCACUUAUCGAAGAAACACAUGCUGAUCUUCGCUCUAAUUUCACAACUCUGAAUUACGCACCUCUACGUGAAAUAUUUGAUGUCAAGGAGCAUAAAGAUUUUCGGCUUCCCAAUAAUUUGUUGUAUACCAUAACAUUGAGAAAAUUGAGUGACAAGGAGAAAGGCGAAGCAUAUGAACCCGAGGUUGGAGAUUUAAUCGCUUUGACAGAUGCAAAACCGAAAUGUGCUGAUGAUCUGGACAGGCCUAAAAGAUCUUAUACUAUUGCUCUAGUUCAAGGCAUGAGAGGUGACGGUCUGGUUCAAAGCAUGAAAGGUGAUGGUUCGUUCAGAAUUCCAGUCCUGUCUUCGAAGCCUAUCGUGUUUGAGAAAGCAGAGGGUGGAAAGAGGGACAAACUUUUUGCUGUUUAUCUUACAAACUUGACGACAAAUAUCCGCAUAUGGCAGGCAUUGCAUCCAAACCUGACCGGCGAAAGUAUGAAGAUAAUUAAUUCAGUGCUGAAAGUCGAUGCAAAGGCAGAAGAAAAUUGUACUCUAUGUUCAGCUGUGGAAGAUAGGAGUAUUCAUAUAUCAAGGUUAAGGAAAUCCAUUGGCACUUUAGGUAUGGAUGAUUCACAAGAAGCUGCUAUCUUAAAUUGUAUUGUUACAAGAGAAUGUCAUCAUCAAAAUGAUGUGAAACUAAUAUGGGGUCCUCCGGGAACUGGAAAAACAAGAACAAUUUCGUCAUUAUUAUUCACACUGUUGAGGAUGAAAUGUAGGACAUUGACUUGUGCUCCAACUAAUGUUGCUGUUAUAGGAGUAGCAAAAAAAUUACUGAGUUUGCUGAGUGGUACACUAUUAUACGAUACGUAUGGACUGGGCGACAUUGUUUUAUUUGGUAAUGGCGAACGAAUGAAAAUUGAUGACCAUGAAGAUCUUUAUGACGUGUUUCUGGAUUACCGUGUAUCUGUGCUUUAUAGAUGUUUUGCUCCAUUUUCCGGGUGGACGGCUAGUAUAGUCUCACUCACAAGCUUGCUUGAAGAUCCGGAAGAGCAGUAUCAACAAUACUUGUUAAAAGAAAAGCAAAAGCAGGAAAAAGAUGAUGGUGAUGAUGAUAGUGACACUAGUGACGAUGAUGACAAUGAGGAUCAGACACACGAGAUUCGUUUUGGAGGGAGGGGCAGGAAAGAAACAGAGACUGACAAUGGAAAAAUGAAAGAUAUAUUAAGAAAGAAAUAUAUGAAGGAAAUCUUUCGUACCUUGAGGGAAAACAAGAAAAAAUCAAAGCAACGGGAGUCUACGCAAAAAAGAAGUCAGUUGAAAUGUGAUAAACGAAAGGAUGAGAACAAAAAAAUGAAAGAAAAUGAAAGGGAAGAAGGUGUCAUUUUAUGGACAUUUGAGGAAUUUAUGACCAAGAAAUUUGAUUCAUUAAGAAUGCGGGUAAUGCUUUGUGCUGAAGGCCUGUACACACAUUUGCCGAGUUCUAUUCUCAAGCUGGAAGUAGUACAAAACAUGGUUAGAGUUCUUGAACUGCUACAAACUCUAAAAACUUCAAUCCAUAAUGUUUCUGUUUCAAAAAAGGAUUUAAAACAAGCCUUAAAUGGAAAGGGAGAAACAGAAAGAACAAUGAAAUUCAGUAAUUUAUAUAAAACCAGAUUAGAGUGCCUUGAAAUACUGAAAUUCCUCCGCGAUGGAUUCUCUGUCCCACAAUUUACAGAAUACUACGAAAUUAAGAAUUUUUGUCUACAAUGGGCACGCUUAAUUUUCUGUACUGCCUCAAGUUCAGCAAAAUUGCAAAGUGGUGAUAUGAUACCAUUUGAAUUAGUAAUCAUUGAUGAAGCCGCGCAGCUAAAAGAAUGUGAAUCCACUAUCCCCUUACAGCUCCCUGGUCUUCGCCAUGCUAUACUUGUUGGAGAUGAGAAACAACUUCCAGCAAUGGUUCAAAGCAAGAUAUGUGAGAACGCUGAUUUUGGGAGGAGUUUAUUUGAGAGACUAGUGCUAUUAGGACACAGAAAGCACCUUCUUGGGGUUCAGUACAGGAUGCAUCCCUCAAUAAGCUUAUUUCCGAAUAAGGAGUUCUAUGGUAAACAGAUUAAAGACGGACCAAAUGUCAAGGAAAGAGCUUAUGGAAGGUGCUUUCUUAAAGGAAACAUGUUCGGCUCCUACUCAUUCAUUGAUGUGACCAGUGGGAAAGAGCAAUUUGAUAACAGGCAUAGUAGGAAAAACAUGGUCGAGGUGUUUGUUAUUGCAGAAAUUGUAUCUAACCUCUAUAAAGAAUCCCUUUCCUCAAAGCAAAAGGUUCGUAUUGGUUGCUUAUCACCAUACAAAGCACAAGUUUUUGCAAUUCAGCAAAAACUUGGUAAGACGUAUAGCACAGAUGCAGACGAAAAGUUUUCGGUAAAUAUUCGCUCUGUUGAUGGUUUUCAAGGUGGUGAGGAAGACGUGAUAAUAAUGUCUACUGUUAGAUGCAAUGGGAAUGGAUCAGUGGGUUUUCUUUCUAAUUGUCAAAGAACAAAUGUGGCUUUGACUCGAGCAAGGUACUGCCUCUGGAUAUUGGGCAAUAGUUCAACUUUACUAAAGAGUGGCUCUGUUUGGAAGAACUUAGUUCAAGAUUCCAAGAAUCGCGGUUGCUUUUAUAAUGCUUUCGAGGACAAAAAUAUGAAACAAGCAAUUACUAGUGCCUUGGUUGAGAUUGGCGAGCUUAAUUUGUUGUUUGACACCAACUCCUCGUUGUUUCAAAAUGCAAAGUGGAAGGUUUGUUUCACUGAUGAAUUCUCAAGAUCCAUGUCUAAGAUUAAAGGCAUAGAUAUUCGUAAAGAAGCACUCUCUCUUCUGGAGAAGCUAUCAAGUGGCUGGCGUCAGCUGCACAAACAUGAAAUUCUCAGCAACUUGGAUGGCGCUUCUUCUCAGUUCUUGGAAAUAUAUGAUGUCAAGGAGUCAUUCAAAUUGAUCUGGACUGUAGACAUUCUCAGGGAAAAUUUGAAUGACAUUCAAGUCAUCAAAAUUUUGAAUGUUUUGCCAAGUUCUGAGAUAAUAACGUUGGCCAAAAAACUUGACGAGCUAUUUGGGAACUAUACGGUUAAUUAUAUGAGUCGUUGCAUGUGCAAGCGCCUUGAAGGGAACAAGGUACUUCCAAUGACAUGGCCAGCGAAUACAAAUGCUCCUUCGCACAGUGAUGCAACGCAUAAGUUAGCAAGUCAACUGGCAGAAGUCAGUCUGCAGGACAAACCAGGUACAUCAAAGCGACAUUAUCGGGCACGGCGCGGGAGAAAUAGCCAUUGA